UCACAUGUGUACCUUCCUGGCAAGAGUUUUUAAGUCAAUAGCGGUGGCCCAUAUUUGCAAAUUUCCCACAGGUUCAAUGCUUUGUAGGCCCGCGAAAGGGACACCUCUCAAGCACGUGCAGAGUCGCAGAGGAUCUUUGAUUCUCCUGUUUGGGAUUUCUUUUACGUCGUCUGCCUAUGAUUUGAGUUCAGCCCACCAUACAUGAACACUGAACUGGGCAAAUGCUUGUAGCCUAGCAGAGCCCUCAUUAGUAGUUAUUGAUCAACCCUGGGUUAUGUUAGCCCUCUUCACUACAUUGAGGAUUUUCAGUUGAGUAACCUAUUGGGUUUCGUAGGGCAGAGCUUUGAGCUUGGGCAUCAUCAUAAAAUUUGGUUGGCAUUUGAACCGUGAGCCUUCUCAGAUCGCUGUCGAAAUGGCUCUUGCAGUUGUUCCACAGAUGACGGCUCCGUCCGGAUCAAGGAAACUUCACAGUAGCCCUUUCAGUCAAACAAGCAGCUCUGCAAUACAAAGGACCGAGAAGAAUAAGAGGGUCAUUGCACAGGCAUCUGGCAGUCAAAUUAAAGGUUCGAAGUCUUCUGUGAAAUCCACUGGGUGGACACCUGAUAGCUGGAAAUCCAAGAAGGCUCUUCAGCUGCCCAAUUACCCCGAUCCUGCAGAGCUUGAGUCCACCGCAAAGCUCUUGGAGACAUUUCCUCCACUUGUUUUUGCAGGGGAAGCCAGGAAAUUGGAGGAGAGACUAGGAGAUGCUGCUCUGGGAAAGGCUUUCCUCCUGCAGGGAGGAGACUGUGCAGAGAGCUUCAAAGAGUUCAAUGCUAACAACAUUAGGGAUACAUUCAGAGUGCUCUUGCAGAUGUCUGUUGUACUUAUGUUUGGAGGCCAAAUGCCUGUAAUCAAGGUGGGACGGAUGGCUGGGCAGUUUGCAAAGCCCCGGUCUGAGGAUUUUGAAGUGGUUAAUGGCAUCAAAGUCCCAAGCUAUCGAGGAGACAUUGUGAAUGGUGAUGGAUCUGAUUUGGAAUCUCGUCAACCUGAUCCUGAGAGGAUGGUGCGUGCAUAUUGCCAGGCAGCUGCAACUCUUAAUCUUCUUCGGGCCUUUGCAACAGGAGGCUAUGCAGCAAUGCAGCGAGUUACUCAGUGGAAUUUGGACUUUACAUCCCACAGUGAGCAAGGUGAAAGAUAUAUUGAACUUGCUCAUCGAGUAGAUGAAGCUCUUGGAUUCAUGUCAUCCUGUGGGCUUACAGUUGACCACCCAAUCAUGAACACCACAGAAUUUUGGACAUCACACGAGUGCUUGCUUCUACCAUUUGAGCAAUCUAUGACAAGAGAGGAUUCAACUUCUGGGCUCUGGUAUGAUUGCUCUGCUCAUAUGCUGUGGAUAGGAGAGAGAACUCGGCAGCUUGAUGGAGCUCAUCUUGAAUUCCUUAGAGGGGUUGCCAAUCCACUCGGCUUGAAGGCUAGUGAUAAAAUGGACCCAGCAGAGCUGGUUAAAGUAUGUGAGAUCUUGAAUCCUCACAACAAACCUGGCAGAUUGACCAUAAUUGUGAGAAUGGGGGCUGAAAAGUUGAGAGUAAAAUUGCCUCAUUUGAUUAGGGCAGUUCGCCAGGCUGGUCUAAUAGUAACAUGGGUUAGUGAUCCUAUGCAUGGGAACACAAUCAAGGCACCAUCUGGGUUGAAAACAAGGCCAUUUGAUGCAAUUCGGGCUGAAGUCAAGGCAUUCUUUGAUGUACAUGAUGAAGAAGGUAGUCACCCUGGAGGUGUUCACUUAGAAAUGACUGGGCAGAAUGUUACUGAAUGCAUUGGAGGAUCAAGGGUUGUAACAUUAGAUGAUCUACAUUCUAGAUACCAUACACACUGUGAUCCCAGGUUAAAUGCUUCACAGUCGUUAGAGCUGGCAUUCAUCAUUUCGGAAAGGUUGAGGAGGAAGAGAAUGACGAAAUCAGAUCUGGGAAUUUCAAGCCUCUUGAAUGGUCUGAUGUCAUUGUGAGGCACCAAUAAAUAAUGCAAUACAUCUUGCACAACGGAAAGUUAAUGGUUGAGUUAUUUCUAAUUUGUGAAGUCAUUGUAAUGCUUGUCCCAUAAAUUAGUUGAAAGCCUCUGGAUUUUUGAUAUCAGAACAGUAAGCUAAGUGGAUUUUAAGAUAUAUAUGACAUGCUUGUCAACAAUCCUUCAGGGCAAGGUGUGAGGUUUGAGUUUAUGGCUAAGUUGCUGAAUCCUGGGAUUUUUUGGGUGAUUCCAGGUACAAAACAUACUGGAAUUGGAUUCUGAAACAAAUCCCCUGUGGGUGCUUUCAGGAUUUUUGUUUUUUGAUGCCAAAAUGUUACCGAAAUGUUUAGUGAUUCUAGUUUGAUCUUUUUAUAUUUUUAAGACCUACAGUGCUGAUUAGUUAACUCAGAACUUAUCUA